AUGUACAGAGUGCGGGAAAUGUUUUACUCAGAAAGGAGUUCUUAUUGUACACCAGAGAAUUCAUGUGGGCGAGCAUCUUUAUUCAUGUACAGAGUGCGGGAAAUGUUUUACUCAGAAAGGAGACUUUGUUAA